AUGGAAAUCAACAACAAUUUGACAGGAAUUAACUUCUUAAACUUACGUGUCGUAACGCAAAGACUUCUCGCGCCUGGAAAUAAUUCUUUGCCUGCCCUCGGUAAUGACACGGACUCUCUCUCUCAGAAGGAUCUUGACGUUAACACUGACAUCUAUUCGAAAGUGCUGGUUACAGUGAUUUAUGUAGCCCUUUUCGUUGUUGGGUGCUUGGGAAACUCGAUUACAUUGUACACACUCCUAACGAAGAAAUCUCUCCAGAAUCUUCAAAGUACAGUACAUUAUCACUUGGCGAGUCUUGCUGUGUCCGACCUGCUCAUCUUGAUACUCAGCAUGCCUAUUGAGCUGUACAACUUUAUCUGGGUUCAUCACCCGUGGGCUUUCGGCGAGGCAGUUUGCAAAGGUUACUACUUUCUUCGAGACGGUUGCUCGUAUGCCACGGCUUUCAACAUCGCGAGUCUUAGUGUGGAGCGUUACAUGGCGAUUUGCCAUCCUUUCAAGGCCAAGAGCAUCAUGUCUCGCAGCCGCACUAAGAAACUUAUCAGUGGGAUGUGGGUGGCUUCUUUUCUGCUAGCGACGCCGAUGCUCUUCACAAUGGGUCAGAGGCAAGUCGAGAGCGAGAUCAUAUGCACAACCACCGUGUCCACAGCGACGGCUAAGUCAGUCCUACAGGUGAAUGCUUUUUUGUCCUUCAUGGUUCCCAUGGCGUUGAUCUCGGUAUUGAAUGGGGUCAUUGCAAGUCAGCUGCUGCGCAUGUUUAAGGAGGCUGCACAGGACAACCGUGUCUGUAUCUCUGGGGGCAACACCACCAUGCUAAGCGUUGCCGUGGAGCCCAAUCGCACCCAGUCUCUGCGCCAUGGUGUUAUGGUGUUACGUGCUGUGGUCAUUGCCUUUGUGGUUUGUUGGCUACCCUACCAUGCACGUCGGCUCAUGUACUGCUACGUCACCGAAUGGACAGAUGAUCUGUAUGAUUUCUACCAUUAUUUCUACAUGGUCACAAAUGUCCUAUUUUAUGUAAGUUCUGCCAUCAACCCAGUUUUAUACAACCUAGUCUCCGCCAACUACCGUCAAAUCUUCUUCUCCACGCUUCGGUAUUUCUGCCUGCCAUGUCGACGUAAGAAACAGAGACGCGUCCUCACGAGGCACUCCAUCAGCAUCUGCAGCAACCAAACCUUCUCCACCAAUGUUGUGAAGGAGACUGUCUACUGA